AUGGCUCCAACAAUCACUUACACCUCCAACAACAAUACUAAUACAAAUAACCCGACCCCAUCAUCACCCACUACCUCCAUAAACACCUCUGCUCCUCCAUUCGAAAACAGAGCACCAUAUGACACUCCAUCAUCCCUUCUUACACCCAACAUGGCCCCACCAAUCAUUUACACCUCAAAAAAUAACACUAACACACAUAAACCAACCCCACCAUCCUCCACUACCUCCAUAAACACCUUUGCUCCACCACCCGAAAACAGAGCACCUAAAAACACCCCUCUCAUGGCUACUUGGAAACGCAUCCCAAGACCUGGAACACAUGAAACUCAAAUUAAGACUGAACCAGUGGGGCAGAAACGUGCAGCUCCUCACCAAGCACAUCAGUCUGAGUUAUCAAGCAAGAAAUAUCUGGUUUCUCAAAUUGAUAAUGAAAGCAUCGUGAUAUUGGCGGAGGCUGGUUCUCAGCCCUGCCAGAAGCAAUGA